AUAUCAUCUAUCAGAAGAGUUUCAGCAGUGGAACAAAGAAAGAGGCAAUUCAAGAUGUCAAUGCUUAGACAAUUCAGAGCUCUGCCAUUAGCAGUCCUCGUUUUUUGUGCAGUCAUGAUUUCUGCAGACGUAUAUGAGAUUUUGGAGUACAACAAUUUUCCAUUUGGUAUUCUACCAUCAAAUAUUGACACAUAUAUCUUCAAUAAAACAAAUGGAAAUUUUGAGGUUAAUCUGUAUCGAGAAUGCAAAAUCCAUCAGGCAGGACACAAGAUCAGGUAUAGGCAGCAUAUCACGGGAAAUAUAACUUUCGGAGUAAUCGACAAUUUGCAAGGUGUGGGUGUGAAAUUUUUGUUUUUGUAUGCACCUAUAAAUACAGUAACGGUGAGAAAGAACCUUUUGACUGCCGUUAUGAUUGGUGGAACCUGGUCCAGUAGCUAUGAUGUUAACAAAUUUGUUGAGAUCAAAGAUUGUCUUUAAGUCAUAUGCGAGAUAGUUGAAGUUAGGAUUGUGUAAAGUUUUGUUCUUGAUAGGGUUGUCUAAGGUUUUGUCUUCUCAUAUGAUUGUGUAAUGUUUUGUUCUCUGUUGGGCUGGUGGCCCUUCUUGUUCUUGUUGUGUAAGGUUUUAUUCUUGAUAGGGUUGUGUGAGGUUUUGUCUUCUCAUAAGAUUGUGUAAUGUUUGGUUCGAGUUGUAUUCUGUUCUCUCUUGGGCUGGUGGCCCUUCUUGUUCUGUAAAUCUCAGUGUUUAAUAAAUGUAUACCUUUCUUUAU